AUGACCAAUGAAGAGGGAGUCCCAGUGCCCAAUGUUUUCCUUCCUCUCUCUGCCCCUCCUUUGCCAUGGAUUUCCUCAGUGGAUCAUGUUGGUACACAUAUCUGGGGGGUUGUUGACCUUGGAAGUAACAAUGUUAAAGAAAUUAUUAAUACAGACUCAUAUGAUAAUCCAGAAAAAUACAAUGACUACUUGAAAGAAUUAGGAGUGUCUUUGGCCAGCAGGAAGCUGGGCAGCUUGGCUAAACAGUGCUGUGUCAUCAGCUCUUAUGGGAAUCUAAUAACCAUCAAAAGCAAGAGUAUCUUCAGAACUGUAGACAUCUCCUUCAAAACGAGAGAGGAGUUUGAAGAAACCACAGCAAAUAAGAGGUUAAACCAGGUGAGAAUGGGGGAAGGGAAGCUGAUGAGGGUCCCACAUAGUGAGGAAGGUCUGGCAAGAGAUAUCCUGUUAAAGAGGAAGGAAACACUAGACUACCACAGAGCUCUAACCCAAGGGACCAAGUGUGAUGGUCAAGAAGACCAAGAUCCUUCCGGAGCUUGGAAGUUAUCAGGAAUCAACCUGAAGAAGUCGGAAGCAGUGGCCAUAGGAUACAUGUCUACUUACAUGGAGUUUUGGAAGAUUCCUUACCCUUCUGGUGAACAUGACAAAAAUCAGUAUGCUAAAUAUAUCAAUACUUCAGGCUAA